AUGCGAACUUUUAUGAGGAGACAACGGGUCUCGACUGGAAGUGAAGCGCUGUCUCUUUUCAUUGGCCUUGGAAAUGCAACUUCGAGACGGAUUGGGAGAUGUACACAAUGCCUGCAUAAUUCUUCCACUUCACAACCCACUAUUCAACUCGAAGGGAAAUCCUACACCAAGGAUUCAUGGCACAAUCUUGCCCCAAAUAUAACCUCCUCCAUCUCCCGGCGUCUCCACAUUCAACCCGACCACCCCAUCUCCCUCACCCGUUCAAUAAUCGAAUCCAAAUUCCCCACCCCAACCUACAAAUACCACAACACCUUUUCCCCUAUCGUAACCACCUUUCAGAACUUCGACUCUCUAGGCUUCCCACCAGAUCAUCCCGGGCGCAGUAAAACAGACACAUACUACAUCAACGGGCAGACCGUCCUUCGAACACACACCAGCGCCCACCAAGCAGAUGUCUUCCGCGCGAACGAGAGCGAGGGAUACCUCAUCUCCGCAGAUGUAUACAGAAGAGAUGCAAUUGAUAGAAGCCAUUACCCUAUCUUCCACCAAAUGGAAGGAGCGCGUAUGUGGGAUCGUAGGAAAGUCCCGAACAGGGACAUUGCUGCUGCGGUGUGGAAAGACAUCGCUGCGUUACCUACCCAUGAGAUGAAAGUCGAGGAUCCGAAUCCACCUACACAUCCUGAGCGAAACCCACUGCAGAAAGACCACUCGUUGGAAGAAGCGGAGGCUAUCGCUGCGCAUUUGAAGAAAUCACUAGAGUUGAUGGUUGUGGAGAUCUUUUCGAGAGCGAAGAAAGCUGCUGUGGCUGCGGAUCCCGGGUUUGUGGAUGAGCCGCUGAAGGUUAGAUGGAUAGAAGCUUAUUUCCCAUUCACGAGUCCAUCCUGGGAACUGGAGAUCUUCUGGCAAGGCGACUGGUUGGAAGUUUUGGGCUGUGGAGUAGUAAAGCAGGAGAUUCUCACAAAUGCAGAUGUGCCUGAUCAAUUGGGUUGGGCAUUUGGAAUCGGUCUUGAGAGGAUCGCUAUGCUUCUCUUUGAGAUUCCUGACAUCCGGCUUUUCUGGUCACAAGACGAGCGAUUCCUCGGACAAUUUAAAGGCCUGUCCCAGAACCUGGACAACCUGAAGCGAUUCGUCCCAUUCUCAAAGUAUCCAGCGUGUUACAAAGAUGUUGCAUUCUGGCUUCGAUCUUCAUCAUCUGCAGCUGGUGGCAACACCACGAAGAACUUUCAUGAGAAUGAUGUGAUGGAGAUUGUAAGAGGAAUUGGAGGGGAUGUUGUGGAAGAUGUACAGUUGACGGAUGAGUUUGUGCAUCCGAAGACCGGGAGGCGCAGCAUGUGCUAUAGAAUUAACUAUAGGAGUUUAGAGAGGACAUUGACAAAUGCGGAGGUCAAUGAAUUGCACGAGCAAGUAAGGCAUGAGCUGGUGAAGGAGUUGGGAGUUGAAUUGAGGUAG